AUGGAAGAACUUGACAGCGAAUUUUAUUUUCAGCAAUAUGAAGAUGAGGAAAUUCUAGCGUCAUUCGAUUACGAGAAUCCUGUGUUCCUCAAGUCGGCAAGUGGCAAAGGGGUCAAAAGCUGCAGAAGUCCGCCAGAGGAGCCGAAUGGCAGAUGGAAAUGCAGAAAUCAACGCGAAAAAGACGAUUUCUCCGGGGAAGUGAUUUGUUCUCUCAUUUGCGAUGAAGAUUUUGAACCAGAAGGCAGCGCCAUUUUUGAUUUUGAUUGCAACUGCAAAGGACGAUUUUGCAAGUGGGUUCCGUUUAUUCAUAAUUCGAAGUGUGUUCCAAAAAAGAAAGAAAAUUCGGCUUCGACGUGCGUUUCUCCCCCGCCACAAGGAAUAAGAGGCUUUUGGGAUUGCUCCACGGAGAUUCUCGAGCACAAAAGUACCUGCUCACUUACUUGUGCUAAGGGCAUGGCAGUUCAGGGGAUGAACAAAAAGAAUUUGGCGACGUGUCGAUGUCCGAACGGAAAAGACUGCUCGUGGAAUAUCGCGCUUGCAGACGCUAACUGUAAACCAAGCAGAGCCACUCCUACUCCUGCUGCUCAAGUAACUUCUCAAAAAGAAGCACAGAAGAACUCAGGGAAAAAUUGCGGAGGGCUGCAAGUUCCCGAACAGUUUAUGGGAAUGUGGGUGUGUGACAUCAACGGCUUCCGAUUCCGAUACAAUGGAAAUGACGAAGAUGUCACCCAUAAUACGAAGUGUGCGAUGAAAUGCGCUCCGGAGGCCAAUCUCGUGAAUGUCAAGGGGCCAAACUUUUUCAAAUGCACGUGCAAGGAUGAAAAAUGCUCGUGGAACAAAAACCCAAGAAAAGUGAAAUGUUCUUGGGACAGUGAGACUACCACUGAGCCUGAAACAACAACUACGGAAGUGAUCAGUACAACGACAGUCAAGACAACUUCAACAUCAUCCACGACAACAUCGAAGGAGCCCGAACUACUGUGUCCAGCUUUGCCAAGCACAUUCAGAGGCAAAUGGAUUUGUCACCUUAGCUGCAUCAACAACAAGCAGGUCAUCAAUUACUACUACUAUAAGAGUUAUGACCUCAACAACCAAUACAUCAACAACCACGACAAAAACAACUACAACGACUACAACUACUACAAGUACUACAACUUCUACAACGACUACAACGACUACAACGACUACAACAACGACAACGAGUACAACAACAACAACGACUACAACUACAACUACAACAACAACUACAACAACAAGAACGACCACACCAAUAACCACGACUACAACGACUACAUCUACUACAAGUACUACAACUUCUACAACGACUACAACGACUACAACGACUACAACAACGACAACGAGUCCAACAACAACAACGACUACAACUACAACUACGACUACAACUACAACUACAACUACUACAAAGACAACUACUACGACAACAACAACUAUAACCUCCACAACUACGACAACUACAACAUCCACAACGAUUUCUACCGAAACAACAUCUGA